GGGGGGAUUGUUUAGUUGCAGUAGCAUGUUUUGGUUUUAAUAUUGUUUUGUCUCGUAGUUUUUAACACUUUCCUCCUAAUUCACAUAUUAUCUGAUAUUAAUUUACUAUUACAAGCCAUUGUAAAAAUUGAACGUUAACAUGUCUUACAGACAGCUGCACGAGCAGGUUCUAUAUUUUUUCACUUGCUUCAAGUUGCGUAAAUGAAAGUGAAAGUUCUUGGAGUCCGAAUGGCACAGGGAAAGAUAGCUCCAGAAGACAGUUUUGUAACAUGAGUUUAAACGUCAAUAUUGUUCUCUGUUUAUUUAUCUGUGCAGGUAGGCUACUUUAUGACCUAUUUUUGCGAGUAUAUCUCUUUCAGCUGAUGGUUUCACGCAUGCUGUGCUCAUUCAGAGUUCUUAUGAAUGGAUUAUUUGUUAGCCUAUAAUUAUGAUUGAUUUUUAAAGGUGAAGUUAAAUUUAAACUCUCAUUGUGAUUAUUCUACUUAUUCAUCGAUUUGACAGAGGUGCCAGGAAUCCAGUCUUUCGAACAGGUGCCUUGGCUGCCCUGUCAGCUGGUGGAUGAACGUGUCAAGUUCAAUGAUGAGGGACAUGCUGAAACCCAGUACCAACACAGAGACGCUGGGCUGCAGUUUGGCCAUCCAGGGGACAGUGCUUUGAACCCAAAUACCAUCACCUUCCUUGUAACAGGUGAAUAAGAGAAACAGCAAAACAAAUGUCAGAUUUGGUUAUGUGUUCUACAGUGAUGGUUAAUGUUUGGUGUUUCAACACUGAGAGGUGCUCUUCAAACCGUGUGUGUGUUCAGGCUCUAAGGUGGACAUGAGGAAGUACAUUGAAGGGGCAGUAGUGGAGCACCAGGUGCGGUGUGAGAUCCGCAGGUACAGCACAGAGGGCAUCCAGAUGCGUUGGCCAGGUUUAGGAGCCCAGGAGCACGACAUCUGGUUCACCUGCACCUUACGGCACACCGACGGCCUUUUUGUCAUCACCAGCUUCCUCAGACACACCCCUGCCACGCCCACACCUGGCCAGGCAGACUACCGCAACUGGGCCGCCAUCGCAGACAGAGAGACGCUAACCACCUCAAGUAAUGCAGACUUUUCAUUCUAUCUCUUUUUAUGCAGUAGAUCACGUCAAACUCAUUCCACGGAGGGCUGAGUGUCUGCGAGAGUAUGCUUGAUGAUGAAUUGAUUAGUUGAAUCAACUGUGUUAGUGCUAGGGCAAACAUGUACACCCCUUGGGAAGCACAGCUCUAGUCUGUGACAAUGUCAGUGUUUCCUUUUAUACCCUUGUUUAUUUACUUUAGGUAGUUAUCUUGUUAUGAUCUACAGUGAGGGAAAAAAGUAUUUGAUCCCCUGCUGAUUUUGUACGUUUGCCCACUGACAAAGAAAUGAUCAGUCUAUAAUUUUAAUGGUAGGUUUAUUUGAACAGUGAGAGACAGAAUAACAACAAAGAAAUCCAGAAAAACGCAUGUCAAAAAUGUUAUAAAUUGAUUUGCAUUUUAAUGAGGGAAAUAAGUAUUUGACCCCCUCUCAAUCAGAAAGAUUUCUGGCUCCCAGGUGUCUUUUAUACAGGUAACGAGCUGAGAUUAGGAGCACACUCUUAAAGGGAGUGCUCCUAAUCUCAGCUUGUUACCUGUAUAAAAGACACCUGUCCACAGAAGCAAUCAAUCAAUCCGAUUCAAAACUCUCCACCAUGGCCAAGACCAAAGAGCUCUCCAAGGAUAUCAGGGACAAGAUUGUAGACCUACACAAGGCUGGAAUGGGCUACAAGACCAUCGCCAAGCAGCUUGGUGAGAAGGUGACAACAGUUUGUGCGAUUAUUCGCAAAUGGAAGAAACACAAAAUAACUGUCAAUCUCCCUCGGCCUGGGGCUCCAUGCAAGAUCUCACCUCGUGGAGUUGCAAUGAUCAUGAGAACGGUGAGGAAUCAGCCCAGAACUACACGUGAGGAUCUUGUCAAUGAUCUCAAGGCAGCUGGGACCAUAGUCACCAACAAAACAAUUGGUAACACACUACGCCGUGAAGGACUGAUAUCCUGCAGCGCCCGCAAGGUCCCCCUGCUCAAGAAAGCACAUAUACAUGCCCGUCUGAAGUUUGCCAAUGAACAUCUGAAUGAUUCAGAGGAGAACUGGGUGAAAGUGUUGUGGUUAGAUGAGACCAAAAUGGAGCAUCAACUCAACUCGCCGUGUUUGGAGGAGGUGGAAUGCUGCCUAUGACCCCAAGAACACCAUCCCCACCGUCAAACAUGGAGGUGGAAACAUUAUGCUUUGGGGGUGUUUUUCUGCUAAGGGGACAGGACAACUUCACCGCAUCAAAGGGACGAUGGACAGGGGCCGUCAAAUCUUGGGUGAGAACCUCCUUCCCUCAGCCAGGGCAUUGAAAAUGGGUCGUGGAUGGGUAUUCCAGCAUGACAAUGACCCAAAACACACGGCCAAGGCAACAAAGGAGUGGCUCAAGAAGAAGCACAUUAAGGUCCUGGAGUGGCCUAGCCAGUCUCAAAACCUUAAUCCCAUAGAAAAUCUGUGGAGGGAGCUGAAGGUUCGAGUUGCCAAACGUCAGCCUCAAAACCUUAAUGACUUGGAGAAGAUCUGCAAAGAGGAGUGGGACAAAAUCCCUCCUGAGAUGUGUGCAAACCUGGUGGCCAACUACAAGAAACGUCUGACCUCUGUGAUUGUCAACAAGGGUUUUGCCACCAAGUACUAAGUCAUGUUUUGCAGAGGGGUCAAAUACUUAUUUCCCUCAUUAAAAUGCAAAUCAAUUUAUAACAUUUUUGACAUGCGUUUUUCUGGAUUUCUUUGUUGUUAUUCUGUCUCUCACUGUUCAAAUAAACCUACCAUUAAAAUUAUAGACUGAUCAUUUCUUUGUCAGUGGGCAAACGUACAAAAUCAGCAGGGGAUCAAAUACUUUUUUCCCUCACUGUAUGUGUGAGUUCAAUUUUCAUGUAAAUUGUCAAAUACUUCUCUCUCCUGAAAGUCUGAGUCACAUAUACUGUACAGUAUGUGUAUGUCACACACAUCAGAAUAAGACCCUAGCUAUAACCUCCCUUUUUCUAAAUUCCUCCCUCUCCCUCCUCUUCACCGUAUGCCCCCCUUCCUGCCCUGCCUUGGCUGUGACCUUUGUCUGUAUAGCUGUGAUGGUAGUCCUCACCCGCUCUCCCACUGUGCGGGUGGGCCUACUGAAGCAACAGAGCCUCCACUGUCAGUUUGACGUGGACCACAAGGCAGCCGACCUGACAGUGGAAUGGCGUUUUCAGCGACACAGCGAACACACCACGCUCUUCAGCCACUCCAGCCGCUCGGGCCAGACGCAGGGGGGCGGGGUGGCACUUAAGGGCAUCGGUAGGGGCGACGCAUCCCUGAUGCUCCCCCUCACCAAGCAGAGCAGCGAGGGGACGUAUGUCUGCUUUGUCUCAGUGGCUCCGCUGUUUGGUAGACAUGACAUCGCUCUGCACAUCUUGGGUAAGGUGGAGGGGUUAGGGGUCACGGAACUUGAGGCAGAUACAUUUAAUUUUUGAAGCUUUGCUCUAUUGUUGAAUAUUGAAAGGAUAAACAAAUGACUAUUAUUAUUACCUGAUACACAUAUACACAUUUAUGAAUAUGUACAUCUCUAUGACAUGAUAACCAUAAUAAUAUAACCAUAAUAACCAAUUAAAGGUGUCAUGGACUGCCAUUUUGAUCACCUAGUAUAUACCACCAACAUCCUCAUUGUAAUGCCAGUCAUUUCUGACAUCGUCCCUCAGAGCCUCCUCGUGUGUCCUUGAACGUAGACUCUACCAUCUCCCUGGUGGACAGGGGGGAGCAGAAGGUGGUGUGUGAGGCGGAGGGCUACUACCCCCUGGAUGUGGAGAUAGAGUGGUUCAGGGAGCCCAGUGGUGGAGGUGGAGGCCUCCUACCAGAGAAACUGGACACUGUCCUGUACUCCAGCCACCGCCACCACCGGGACGGGACCUACUCUCUGUCAGCCUUCUUCCUGAUCCACGCUUCCCUGCAUGACUCAGGCUCCAAGUACUUCUGCAGGGUGUCUCACAGCUCCCUGCGCAUGCCCAUCCGCAAGAGCUUCACCCUCAUCGUCACAGGUUAGGUGGUUUAGGAACUUACCAUGAAGUUUUAAAGUAAAGGUAGUUUUCUCAGGCACGGUUGAGUACCUUAAUACCCUUGAAUGAAAACCAAUUUGAUUACGUACAAUGAUACAGUAUGCGUUCAUACACAUUUCUGCAGAUUUACAGAAGCAUAUUUUAUACAUUUUAUAAACACUGAGUAUACCAAACAUUAGGAACACCUUGCUAAUGGUCGACCCCCACCCCCCUUUCCCACAGUUGUGUCAAGUUGCCUGGAUGUCCUUUGGGUGGUCGACCAUUCUUGAUACAUACAGGAAACUGUUGAGCGUGAAAAACCCAGCAGCGUUGCAGUUCUUGACCAUACCACAUUCAAAGCCACUUAAAUAUUUUGUCUUGCCAAUUCACCCUCUGAAUGGCACACAUACACAAUCCAUGUCUCAAGGCUUAAAAAUACUUCUUUACAUUUUAGUCAUUUAGCAGACGCUCUUAUCCAGAGCGACUUACAGUUAGUGAGUGCAUACAUGGGGAAACGAACCCACAACCCUGGCGUUGCAAGCGCCAUGCUCUACCAACUGAGCUACAGGGGACUAUUAACAUGUCUCCUUCACUUCAUCUACACUGAUUUGAAGUGGAUUUAACAAGUGACAUCAAUAAGUUAUCAUAGCUUUCACCUGGAUUCACCUGGUCAGUCUGUCAUGGAAAGAGCUCUUAAUGUUUUGUAUGCUCAUUGUAUAUAGUCUACAGAGCAUAUUGAUCCAAACACAUACUAAACUGUAUGCAGUACCAAUUUAUGGCCACUUGAUGGCAGCCCCAGUAUGUAUGGCCACUUGAUGGCAGCCCCAGUAUGUACUGUAGUAUGCUAUGAAAGGAGAGUAUACUACAAAAACUGCAUUGACUGAUACAUUUUGUUGUUGUGUUUUAUCAGAGUUUGGCAGUUGGAACUUUGUGCUGUGGUGGUUGAUCUUUGGAUUCAUCCUGGUCAUGGUGGCCACUUUGUGUGUGAUGCUACCCCGCCUGAGCUCAGGUGAGCCUUUCUAGUUCACCAGAGACCCUGUCCUUUACCUUUAGUCAUUGCCAGGUUAAGUUUGUUAAUGAGCUCACCCAAUUGGGAUAUUUCUCAUUGUUGUUUGCUUGUUAGGACAACCUUUGAACUUUGAAUGUUUUUCUUUCACAGCAAGAAAAGCAAACAAGGUGGGUACAUCUUCAUACAUAACGUGUGUGUUUCACGUUUUAUUAGUUGUAUAUACGGGAUACGCAUGGUAUACAUCAUCCAACGAAAUGCUUACUUGCAGAUUCCUUCUCGACAAUGCAACAACAAUAAUAAAUAAUAAAAGAUAAGUAUAUGAACAUAAAGUAAAAGGCAGUAGAAUAGAAUAACAUUUUAGCAUAAGUAUAAUACAGGAAGGCAAAAUAUAUAGUCCAAUAUUUACACAUGUACUGGAGAAGGGGGGAUGGGGGCAGUGUAUAAACUGAGCAGUAUAUUAAGAGUCUGGUAGCAGCAGUUGUGAUGUGUGUGUAGCAUGAAUGUAGGGUUGUCACGAUACCAGCAUCGUGAUACUCAAGAGGUAUCAUGGCAAGGAAAUAAAACAUGAAGCGGACUCAAUUUCCUGUGGAAAACAGUCCUAAUGUUGGAAACAAGCAGCCUUAUGUUGUCACCCAGAAUCACAUGUUUAUUUUCCAAGCUAUAGCACACAAUAUUUUACAUACAGUAGUUUUGUUUUUUUAAGGACUAAAGAGUUUAGUCUGCUUUGUGUUUUCCUUUUUGCCAUGGAAAAUCCGGUAUCGUAGUAUCGCGAUACUGGUAUCGUGACAACGCUACAUGACUGUAUACGUGUGGUUGUGCAUGAUUGAGUGAGUGUGUGUGAGAGAGAGACUUCCCUGAUCGUUGUGUGUGUGUGUACUGUGUCUCCUGUUCAGAGAAAGCCCUACUGAGAGAACAUACCAGAGUGGCCAUCUUCUCUUCAU